AUGGUGACUGCAGCCUUUUUAUUAAUUGUCCAGAAAACUAGCGCAAAUGUGAUUCCUGGUGCAACUAAAUACACUAAUAGGGAGCCUACAUUUAUUAUUGCUGGGUUGCCAAACACGGGUAAGACGUCUCUGUUCAAUUUAUUGACGACAGAUUCGAAUCACGCAACAGUCAUGUCUCAAGAGCCUAAUAUUGCAGAAGACUACAUGCUACCCUCGAGCCACAAGAACUUUAAGUUCAAGUUAAUUGACUACCCUGGGCAUGCGAAGUUCCGUUCCGAUCUAUUGCAGACUAUCAGAGAGUCUACGCAGUUAAGGGGUUUGAUAUAUGUGAUCGAUGCCACGGUGGAUCCAAAGGAAUUGACUAGUACGGCUGAAUUGUUAUACGAGAUCUUGUGCGUGACAGAAACGAGACCAGGAGGUGUGGACAUUUUGCUAGCAUGCAAUAAAGCAGAAUCCUUCGUUGCGAGACCUCCAUUAAAGAUUAAGGAUGCUUUGGAGACAGAAAUCACGGAGAUUAUCAAGAGAAGGGUUAAGAGUUUGAAGGUUAACUCUAAAAAGGCCACCCGCGGUUCUUCUGAUGACGACGAGGAUGACGAGGAUGCUGGCCACGACCUUAUGGCGCUUCAUCAAAGCUCCAGCGGUUUCGAGUUCGAUAGAAUUGAUGGUAACGUCGAUGCAGUAGGAGGAAGCGUAUUGAAAAAAGACAUUGACAAGUGGGAGUGUUGGAUUGAUGAACGUGCCAUGAACUAA